AUGGUCUCCACGCGACAUCAUCCCCGCGACUUCCCCUCGCCAGAGAAAGCUGCCAAAGAGCUCGUCAAGUCGUCGCCUGCGCCAACCACCAACGGCACUGCGCACAAAUGGGUUCAUACCCCCUCUGCAGCGCUAACGAUCUGGCUUGUUGUCUCGGUGCCUUUGGUCAUAUGGGAUGCGGGCUAUGUACUCUUGCGACCGCAUAGUAUGCCCGGGGGUCGCUUGCACUCGCCUAUCUGGACCCCCUACGCGCUAUACGGAACCGUCGACUACAUUUAUGGUUGGCCCGCAUACAAUGCGCGUAAUGGUUUCACUGCCGCGCAGACCGUGAUGAACGUAGUCGAGACCCUGGGUUACUUGUAUUACCUGUGGAUUGGGUUCGUCUGGCUUCUGGCUGGAGAGAAGGUAGUUGCUGGACGGACUGGCGCAAUUGCGCUCCUGGUUGCUUUCACCGCGUCGGUGAUGACUUUGAGCAAGACUUUGCUUUACUGGCUGAAUGAGUUCUUCUCGGGCUUUGAUAACAUCGGCCACAACGAUGCUGCCUCUCUUAUCUUCCUAUGGAUCAUUCCGAACGGUCUCUGGAUUGUUUUUCCUGCCUACAGUAUGAUCAUUCUCGGUGAUGAGAUCCUAAAUUCCUUGGAGCAGGUUCCACCACGCCGGCCAGGUCGUCCAAAGUCCUCAUAA